AUGUCAUACGGAGAGAUGAAAUCAAUCUCCGACUUCCUCCGACGUUGCGCUCCGCCGUGUAAUCUCCUCGAGAACCGAUACUACGCGGCUUACUACGAAAAAAUCCACCCCGAGAUAGACGUUUUCGACGUUCAAUACACGACCAAAGCUCAAGAAGCCAGAGAGUUCGUCGCGGCCGCGAAAGAAGCGGCCGGAAACGAAUGUCAUCCCGUGCAGAAUCUCCGCUUCUCCGAUUGCAAAUUAGGUUUAAACGAUUUGCCUAACCACGUUUACGAUCUUGAUUGGGAUGUGAUUUUGGUGGAUGGGCCACGUGGCGAUGCUAACGAAGGACCGGGGAGGAUGUCGUCGAUUUUCACGGCGGCGGUUCUUGCUCGGAGCAAAAAAGGCGGGAAUCCGAAGACUCAUGUGUUUGUUCAUGAUUAUUACAGAGACGUUGAGAGGCUUUGUGGAGAUGAGUUCUUGUGUCGUGAGAAUCUUGUCGAGUCAAAUGAUUUGCUUGCGCGCUACGUGUUGGAUAAGAUGGAUAAAAACAGCACCAAGUUUGGUAGUGAUCGUAAGAAACGCUGUGUUUCUUCUUAG